CUAGGUCUAAAAUCCAAAAGCAUUAAUGAUCUGAUAAAGGACAUAGUAAGACAACAGUUUAAAGUUUUCCAAAAUGAAAUGCAAGAGACUGUAGCACAGCUCUUCAAGACUGUUUCAGGACUUUCAGAAGACCUUGAAAACACCAAACACAUAAUUCAGCGAGUUAAUGAAUCUGUGGUUUCAAUAGCAGUCCAGCAAAAGUCUGUUUUGAUGCAAGAAAAUAGGCCCACUUUGACUGAUAUACUAGAUCUAAAAAAUCACAUUGCGAAUUUAAGGCAAGAAAUGACUUUUACGUGCGAGAAGCCUAUUAAAGAACUAGAAGCAAAGCAGACACAUUUAGAAGGUGUGCUAGAGCGGGAACACUCAAGAAACAUCCUGUAUUAUGAUUCCCUCAAUAAGACUCUUUCUAAAAUGAAGAAAGUGCAUGAACAGCUUCUAUCAAGUGAGCAAAUAUCAGGUCAAAAGGGAGUUUCAGCUGCUGAAUCAGUUAGCAACAAUGUCACUGAGUACCACCUUUCUACUCUAAAUGAGACGAUAAAGAAACAGGGUUUGAUGCUGCUGCAAAUAUUUGAUGAUUUGCACAUCCAAGACAGCAAAAUGAACAAUCUCACCAUCGCGUUGGAAAUGGAGAAAGAUGCUUUCAGGGGUGAAUGUGAAGACAUGCUAUCCAAGUCCAGAAAUUAUUUUAAGUUUCAAAUUAAGGACACAGAAGAGAAUUUACAAGUUUUAAACCAAACAUUGGCUGAGGUUCUCUUUCCCAUGGACAAUAAAAUGGAUAAAAUGAAUGAGCAACUCAAUGAUUUGAUUUAUGAUAUGGAGAUCCUUCAACCCCUGCUUGAGCAGGGAGCAUCACUUAGAGAGACGAUGACAUAUGAACAACCAAAAGAAGCGGUAGUUACAAGGAAAAAAGUGGAAAAUCUAAAUAGUAGUGUCAACCGUCUAAAUGUUCUUAUCAAAGAACUUACAAAAAGACACAACUUACUUAGAAGUGAAGCACAGAGUCGAAGUGAUGCCUUAGACAGACGAAUCAAUGAGUAUGCCUUAGAAAUGGAAGAUGGCCUAAAUAAGACAAUGACUAUUAUAAAUAAUGCCAUUGAUUUCAUUCAAGAUAACUACAUGUUAAAAGAGACAUUAAGUACAAUAAAGUGUAAUCCCGAGGUUCAUCAUAAAUGCACCAAAGAUAUGGAAACUAUUUUGACAUUCAUUCCUCAAUUCCAACGUUUGAAUGAUUCUAUUCAAAUUUUGGUCAAUGACAAUCAGAGAUAUAACUUUGUUUUGCAAGUUGCCAAGGCCCUUGCAGAUAUUCCUAAAGAUGAAAAACUAAGUCAGUUCAGCUUUCAAAAGAUUUAUCAAAUGGUCAAUGAAACCGCUUCCCGAGUGAUAAAAUCCCAGGAAAAUAUGAGUCAUUUGGAGGAAAAAAUGCUCUCAGCCACAAUGAGUUCCAAAAAUUUUGAAACUCGGUUGCAAGACAUUGAGUCUAAAGUAACCAAGACACUCAUCCCUUAUUAUGUUUCAAUAAAAGAAGGCAACAUGUCUGCAAAUGAGAGAGACCACGCUCUUCAACUGCAGGUGUUAAAUUCUAGAUUUAAGGCACUGGAAGCAAAAUCCAUCCAUCUUUCAAUUAACUUCUCUUUACUUAACAAAACUCUCUAUGAAGCUUUAACGAUGUGUCAUAAUGCUUCUACAAGUAUAUCAAAACUGAAUGCUAUCAUACCUAAGUGGAUAAAUGGUUCCCUACCAGAUAUUCAGCUUCAGAAAGGUCUGCCAGAAUUUGUGGAAUCAUUGAUUGAAACGAAAACUCAAAUUGCCCUUUCUAAUUUAACUUGGUACAUAAAUCAAUCAUUGUCUAGCACUCUUGCAACUGUUGUCAGGUCUCAGAAGCAAGUAAAAUCUUUGCUGAAGAAACCCAAUACACUUAAGAAACCAACAGUGAAUCUUACUGCUGUCACGAUAGGCCGAAACCAAAGAAACACAGACAACAUUCUAUUUCCUGUGAUGGAGGAAGUCUGUAGUAGGUCCCCAUGCCAGAACGGGGGCACGUGUAUAAAUGGAAGAACUAGCUUUAUCUGUGCUUGCCGACAUCCUUUUACUGGUCACAACUGUACUGUCAAGAUGGCUGAAGAAAAUGCUUUAGCUCCAGAUUUUUCCAAAGGAUCGUACAGAUAUGCACCGAUGGUGGCAUUUUUUGUGUCUCAUACAUAUGGAAUGAAUACGCCUGGUCCGAUCCUAUUUAAUAAUUUGGAUGUCAAUUAUGGAGCUUCAUAUACUCCAAGAACUGGAAAAUUCAGAAUUCCAUAUCUAGGGGUGUAUGUUUUUAAGUACACCAUUGAGUCAUUUAGUGCCCAUAUCUCUGGAUUUUUAGUGGUUGAUGGAAGAGACAAGCUUGCAUUUGAAUCUGAAAAUAUUAACAGUGAAAUACGCUGUGAUAGGGUUUUGACUGGAGAUGCCUUACUAGAAUUAAAUUAUGGGCAGGAAGUGUGGCUGAGACUUGUAAAAGGAACGAUUCCAGCCAAAUUUCCCCCUGCUACUACAUUUAGUGGUUACUUGUUAUACCGUACAUAAAUUACUAUGAAAGACAGACUAUCACCUUUCCUGAGAAGCAGCCAGUAUUUUUAUCUAUCUUUGCAUGCACAUCUGCUCUGUUUUUUAGUUUUUCUAUAUAAAAUUAAAAUCAACUUUAAAAAAAAUCUGAAUAAGGCUGUUUGUUUCAUAAAAUUAUUUAGAUAUUUUUUGGAUAAUCUAUAUAUGAAGUUCUUGCUCCUAAAGAGAUUUAGUGACACAGAAAACAAAGUACAUGUGUUAGCAUAACUAUUUUUGUUGUCUCAUGUUAAGUCAUUUCAGUGUAAAGUUAAUAGUAUAAAGUGGCAAUCACUCAAUAUUGUCUGUCACCAUAAUCUUUCCAUUAAAACAUUAACUUGUGUUAUUUCUUGCAUAUAUAACUAUAUAACAUAUGUUUCCUAAAUUCACAAAUUCAAAUAAAUUACUCAAAGAC